AUGGAGGGAGCGGAGGAGGAGGAGGAGGAGGAGAGCGCGCGCGUCCUCUCCAGCCACCCAGCCGUCCGGCGUGUCAGCAUUGCAGUGGAUGAGACUAACGUCCUGCCGGGGGCUCUGCAGCUGAUCCGAACGCUCAGACCACAAUGGGAGACGGAGCGAGUUAAAACCAAGCUCUUCACUGAAGGCAUCACCAACAAGCUAAUGGCUUGUUUCACAGAUGAGAAUAUGAGAGAUGCAGUCCUAGUGCGGGUCUAUGGCAGGAAAACAGAGCUUAUUGUGGACCGAGCCAAUGAGCUGAGAAAUUUCCAAGUCCUCCAGGACAACGGCUGUGCCCCCAACCUCUUCUGCACUUUUGAGAAUGGAUAUUGCUAUGAAUUCAUGUCAGGGAAAGCUCUGGGACCAGAACAUAUCCGGGAGCCAAGUAUGUUCAGGCUAGUAGCCCAGGAGAUGGCCAAAAUGCACAAGAUUCACACCAAUGGGAAUCUUGCCAAGCCUUGUCUUUGGCACAGAUUGUUCAAGUACCUUAAUAUUGUGAAAACGGAGUUUGCUAAAAAGGCAUCAAAUUCCAGCUUCCUUCAGGAAAUGCAGAUUCCUAGCCUAGAGGUAUUAGAAGAAGAGAUUCAUUGGAUGAAGGAACAUCUCUCCCAGCUUCAGUCUCCAAUCGUCUUCUGCCACAAUGACCUUUUGAGCAAGAACAUCAUCUACAACAAAGCCGAAGGUCAUGUCCGGUUCAUAGAUUAUGAAUAUACUGGCUACAAUUAUCAAGCAUACGACAUUGGGAAUCAUUUUAAUGAAUUUGCAGGGCUCAAUGAAGUCGAUUACAGCUUAUUUCCAUGCAAGGAAGUCCAGUUGCAAUGGCUGAGGUACUACCUGCAGUCUUACAAGAAACUAAGUCCAGAGGACCAGGGAGAAGGAAAUAAAAGCAGAGGAGAGAGUGGAGCAGUGUCUGAAGAAGAACUGGAGAGUCUCUACAUGCAAGUGAACCAGUUUGCUUUGGCUUCCCAUUUUCUGUGGGCUUGCUGGGGCCUGAUCCAAGCCCAAUUCUCUACAAUAGACUUUGAUUUUGCCAGGUACGCAGACAUAAGAUUUAAGCAGUACUUUAAAACAAAACCUGUGGUGACUUCCCUUCAAAUGUCCAAGUGA